AUGCGUGGUAGAUCAUGGUCGUUGUAUGAUGAUUGGGUCCUUAUAUAUGGAAAAUAUAGGGCAAUAGGCGAGUUUGCACAAGGACUAGAGGAAAUGAUCAAGGACAAUUCAGCUGUUGGGGAUAUCCCUAGGGAUGCCAAUGUAGAGGCUCAUCCAACUGGGAGAACAGAUGAUGUUAACCACUCGCAACGUGUAACUCAGGGCAGGGAGGGUGUGAAUGUCACCCCACAGACACUCCAGAUAGCAAUUCCUAUCAUAAUGGCUCGACUUUUAACUUAUCCUGAGCAUGUCUCCCAUCAUAAUAUAGAGAAAUUGAGGCAGUGUGUCCGUAAUGGAGCUAAUAAAUACCCAGGUGCAAGAUUUCUCAAAAAGUCUGAUGGUACCUCAAUGCUCUCUUCUAAAUACUCAAAAAUGCUUCAUGGGAAAUUGGCUGCUUCUGCAACAUUAUUAGGUUGGGGUGCCUAUUGCAAGGCUGAGGAAGGUAGUGAUUGA